AUGUUUGGCAAAGAUGUAGUCAAGUUGGAAGGGCAACGAUGUGGUGUUGUCGGUAAACCUUUUGCAACUCUGAAGAAACGUGAAGCUAAAGGUCAAUUGAUGGUUGUCACAAUCGAUGAAUUUAAAACCUCUAAAACUUGCAGCCUUCGUUUCUAUGGAUACUCCUGGAUUCAAGGGAUGACCCUAUCUCGAGCAGUUUGGUAUGGAGCCGGAAGACCCGACGUUUUCAUGCCAGCGAAGAAGAAGAAAGUAUCGCCGUAAUAAACACGGUUUUCCUUAUAUUUUAAGGAUUUAGAUCAUUACAGGUGAGGAAUAGUACGGUUUUUUUUGUUUGUUUUAUUUCGCACUACUGACAAGUUAUUGAAUUUGAAUCAUUGUUUGAACGGUUUAUAUUUUCGUCUACAACACAAUUGCAACU